UGUUAUAGUGCGGAUGAAAGAUUUGAUGCGACAUUUCACACAAAUGUGCUGGUGAAUUACUCUGGAUCCUGCCAAUAUAUUCCUCCAGGCAUUUUGAAGAGCACAUGUUACAUUGAUGUCCGGUGGUUCCCCUUUGAUGUGCAGAAGUGUGAUUUGAAGUUUGGCUCCUGGACUCACAGUGGCUGGUUGAUUGACCUGCAGAUGCUCGAGGCUGAUAUUUCCAACUACAUCUCAAAUGGAGAGUGGGAUUUAGUGGGUGUGCCAGGAAAAAGGAAUGAAAUGUACUAUGAGUGCUGUAAAGAACCAUACCCAGAUGUGACAUACACCAUCACCAUGCGCCGACGCACCCUUUACUAUGGCUUGAACCUACUCAUUCCCUGUGUUCUCAUAUCUGGCUUGGCACUGCUUGUUUUCCUUUUGCCAGCUGAUUCAGGGGAGAAGAUUUCUUUAGGUAUCACUGUCCUGUUGUCCCUGACUGUAUUCAUGCUGCUUGUGGCUGAGAUCAUGCCUGCAACUUCUGACUCAGUUCCACUAAUAGCUCAGUAUUUUGCUAGUAUCAUGGUCAUCAUUGGUCUGUCUGUGGUGGUAACAGUGCUGGUUCUACAGUUCCAUCAUCAUGACCCACAAGCAGGAAAGAUGCCCAAAUGGGUCCGUAUCAUCCUGCUGAAUUGGUGUGCUUGGUUUUUACGAAUGAAAAAACCCAGGGAAAAUAUAGAGCCCCUGAAAUUUAAUUGUCCCAAGCACCAUCUGAGCGUAAGGAGCAUGGAGAUGAGUGUCCUCCCUGGGCACCAGUCCAGCAGUGGCAACGUGAUCUGUAGCUACCAUGCGAUAGAAAAUCUGUGCUGCCCCCAGAAGAAUGAUCUGGGUAGCAAGAGCAGAAAGAUUACUUGCACCUUACCAGAAGAUACUGAGCUUUUUCAAAAGGAAGAUUUAAUGGAUACUAUCCCAGUGAUUGUGAAGAUCCUGGAGGAAGUUCAGUUCAUAGCAAUGCACUUCAGGAAACAAGAUGAGGGUGAAGAGAUCUGUAGUGAGUGGAAGUUUGCAGCUGCUAUCAUAGACAGAUUAUGCCUGAUUGCAUUUACCCUUUUUGCCAUCAUUUGCACAUUUACAAUACUUAUGUCUGCUCCAAAUUUUAUAGAAGCUGUUUCAGAGGAAUUUGCAUAA